AUGUAUAGGAAAUGGUUUGAUACAGUAAUGUUUUACUAUGUGAUUUUAGUGAAUGUCACUUUUUGUCAUUUUCAAAUUUCCCGCCGUUCCGUCCCCCAUACGUCCCGACGCUCCCAGGGGACGGAACCCAGAUGACAGAUGCCGGCGUCCGCCGGAUUACGUUGCCGGGGACACUGCAGGAGGGACAUCGCGGAAGCGCAGGACAAGGUAAGUGAUCGAGGGAUCACGGAGCAGCGCCGCAUCGUAAGCCCGAGUUUAGCUCGGGGUUACUGCUUGUGCUACACUCGGUAAUACCGCCAGGGAGGUUA